ACAAUAUUAAGUGAAGGCGUUAGAGGAGCGUUACCCUUGAGGUGGCAGCCGGUAGCUUGCAGUCAGCGCGCGUCUGCCUUCCUAACCCCUCGCGUCGUAUAAAGGCCUCCUAUAGUCUUCCAUGCCCAGUUCCGAGCGAUGCGACACCGGUGGAAGCACGUCGCACUUCAAACACCCCGUAUACCGUAGUGCCUAGGAUUUUUAGACUCUGUGUUGAAAUGGAUACCCAACCCGAACUUCAGGAGCUGCUGCAGAAGACGAGACCGACAAUUAUACCAAUACAAGGACUCAGUAAGGACAAACCGAAGGCUCCGGAACAUGAUGACGGAGAACAAGACGUCGUGUCCAAGAUCAUCGGGGACUAUGGGCCUUGGCAGCUGAUGAUCACCUUCCUGCUCUCACUCUUCUCUUUCCCCUGCACAUUCCACAUUUACCUGCCUACUUUUACGGCUACACAAACGAAGUUUUGGUGCGCAAGGCCGGAAAACUUAUCAAGUGUACCUCUUGACAUAUGGCUCAACUACAGCCAGCCUACCGAUGCCUGCCACGUCCGUGCGAUACCAUCCUACGUCACUGUGGAAGAUAUUAUGAACUACACAGCGCCUCUGACGUCACUAGUAAAGUGCACAGAAUGGGAGUUCGACAGAUCUGACGUUGGCAACACCAUCAUAUCAGAAUGGAGUUUGGUAUGCGAUCGAUCGGGACUCACAAAUUUGGCGGAAGUUGUGUUCCUUGUUGGAAUCGGUGUGGGAGGUGUCGUUGGUGGCUGGAUAUCUGAUAAGUUUGGACGAAAGAGGAUACUUAUCAGUAUGAUCGUAGCGCAGAGCGCGCUCGCCAUACUCUCUCUGCUAGUCAACACGUACGUCCAGUACGUGGGAGUGCGUUUGGUGAUGGGUCUGGUCUCCGUAUCCGUGGUAUACGCCGCCUUCGUGUUGAGUGUGGAGCUGGUGGGCGGGAAGUGGGUCACCAUUGCGGGCGUCUGCAAUUUCUUCCCGCUCCCGCUUGCUUAUGUCAUCGUGUCCCUAGUCUCGCUGGUGCUGCCAAACUGGAGGGAUUUGCAGCUAGCACUGUCGAUACCCGGAUGUUUCCUGAUAUUCUUAGGACUUGUCCUCCCCGAAUCUCCACGAUGGUUACUAAGCAUGGGCAGGACACAGGAAGCCAAAGUAAUAUUGGAAAAGGUCGCCAGAUUCAACAAGAGAGACACGACGGAAAUUGACAAGCUACUGAGCACUCAGCAAAAAGAAAACUCGAACGGAAAUUCGAACGUUGUGAUGCUGUUCAAAGGGUAUCUCUUCAAACGCACCACAUGCUUAUUCCUUGCCUGGUUCUCCAUGACAAUUGCCUACUAUGGCCUUCUACUGAACAUUGGCAAUUUCAAUCUGGGAAACUUACAUUUAACAUCAAUCAUAUUAGCGCUGGUUGAGAUCCCGGCGAUCGCUCUAAGCAUACCGAUCCUUCUGAAGGCUGGCAGACGGAUACCUAUAUUUAUCACCAUGAUGGUGUGCGGUCUGUCUUGCGUCGCGAGCGAGCUGUUCUCCAUUUCGUUCGAGGAUGAUUGGAUAAUGAUCAUAUGUUUGAUGGUCGGGAAAUUUGCUAUCGGAGCCACGAAUAUGAUGCUACCGAUAUUCACGGCGGAGCUGUACCCCACGUUGCUAAGGAACCUCGGAGUCGGGGCCAGUCAGCUGGCAGCGGGCCUGGCGCUGAUGUGUAUUCCAUAUUUGUGGAACUUGACAAAAAUAAAUCUACAUUUGCCGAUGGCGACGAUUGCCGUUCUAAGUGCGAUAGGCGGCGGCAUCAUAUUGCUACUGCCUGAUACAGUUGACCAUAAAACGCAAGCUCCGGAAAACACUUCAGCGUGUAACGGAACGUUUACCGCCACUGACGACAGAGGGCGCUAAACAGUGUGUGCCAAAGUGACAGUGACAUUUACAAGUGUACAUAGAACUACCCUCAGGAAUUACUUAGUACUAAGUUAUUCUAGUAUUUUUGAUAAAAUGUGUGAUACGUGUUUUGUUUUGAAAGAAAAUGGUUUAUUUAGUUUAAACAAAUGUAGUGUACCAUCGAAGACAUUGAUUCAUAGGCAGUAGACGGACCUACGUCAUAUUUU